UGUCGCGCUUGGAGAAAAUCUGAGUCAAAACCAGAUUAUAUAAAGGAUGAUGAGGUCUAAAAUCACGUUUUAAUUGAUUUCUGUUAAUAAUUGAUAUAAUGACGCCAAGUGUGUUAAUUUAAAUGAGAAAUUAUGUCGAUAUGGAGUUGUCUACAUAAAGUGUUGAGGAUUUUAAUAGAUCAUAUCUGAGAGAAGAUUGGUGUUCAUUGUAAGUAUUACGAUAAUAAUUUUUUGAAUUGUGGUUUUCACUAGAAGUAUUAAGUUAAUAAUUUUAUGAAUUUUAUUUUUUGUAUUCCAGAGAGAAAAAAAAUGGAAAAUGCACCUAUUGAUUUGGGUGGAAUUUUGCGAAGCUCAACAAUGAGUACCAGAAAUGUCAGUUACUCUUCUUCCCAAUCCGCAGAUGUCCAAGACCAGUUUGUGGACGACCGGUAUAAAGCUGGAAUGGAAGUUCUUUGUGCACUUCUAACAAUCAUUGGUGUCUGUGGUAACAUUGUGACAUUUUUCACCAUUAUUUGGAGCAAAAAGAUGCAUACCGUUACCUAUACCGUAGUAGCCUCCCUGGCACCACCUGACAUCAUCAGCCUCGUUUUCGGUUACUGUUUUGUUUAUCGGCUGCAGGAUGAAUUCUUCCUACGAUCCUACACCCUAAGAGCAGUUGUCAGGGGGAUAGGAAUGGCAGGCGAACAUGCAAGUGCAGCACAUAUGGUUUUCUUGGCAGGAGUGCGAUGUCUGAUGAUUGCCAAACCGUUAUGGUGUCACGCCAAUUUGAGACCAAAGAACAUAAUGAUGGCAUCAUGUGCAAUAUGGCUCUUUAGUGUUUGUUUUGCUUCAGGUGUUAUGACUUUUGUGUAUCUAUCUGAAAGCGGUCAUUUUGACCAGAAAACAAUACUAUUUACAUUUUUUACCCUUUCAAUUUAUCUUUUUUGCAUUCCACCAAUUUUCAUACUCAUCUUCCAUUGCCUAAAAAUCCGUAUUGUCAAGAGAUCGAAAGCUAUGAGAAGAUCUCAACUAAGCUCUCAAAUGUCAAUGGUGUUCUUGUUGAUCCUAAUUGCUUACAUUGUAACAUGUGCAGCUGAUUUAGUGUACCAACUCGCAGCUUUAGGAAACAACAUUCUUGAAAAGUCGUUUCAAGUAACCAAAGUAAUGUUUUACGUGCAAUAUGGAAUAUAUGUUUUGUGGAUGAUUCACUACUCUUUAAACCCAUUCAUUUAUUUCUUUGUCUCCCCACAAGUUAAAGUCUUCAUUCAAGAACUUUGUAAUGAUAAUAAAAAUUAUUGGUCCUCAGUUAAAAUUAGAAAAAGCAAUAUUUAUACGGUCAAAGAAUCGAACUUUUCUACAUCUUCAACAAAUUCAGCAAUAUUCUCUAACAGUUGUAUAGGUGUAUUUCAUAAAAAAGAAUAUUUUUCAAUGUAGUUUUGC